AUGUUUAUUUAAACACGAGUUGGUGCUUAUGUCUUCGUGAUUAUGUAAACUCGUUGUAAUACUCCAAGAAAAACUCAGAAAAACACAGAAGCAGAUUAACGAACUUUAAAUUGCAUGUACGUGCUGGCUUACAGCACCGCGUGCAUGUUUGCUUAACGAUUUUUCUUUCGCAGGCAAGAAUAUCGUUCGCUCGCUAAUUCUAUGCACGAUCGUGAUAACAACGUCGCGCUUAUCGCCGGCUUAUGCGCAGACGUUUAACUUAAUGAAGGAAAUCAACGUGAAUGCCUUCGUGAAUUGCGAGCACGUGCAACAAUUAUUCAGCCUGGAUCGUUCAAUGUUCGAUUUGGGCUCGGUGCUGCACAAGUGCUGGCACCAUGGAACCACGCUCGACGAAAUUAACGGCGGACUCGAAUCAAAAGUCAAUCGUCCCGACAUCGAGAAUUAUGAAUUCCAAGAUCUGCACUUGCCUUGCGAUGAGGUUUUCAGGGCGAACCUAACGAGGCUUAGUACCAGUCUGUUGCAGGAUUUUAUUGGCUGCCGAGGCUCCGAGGCACUUGCAAUUCCUAGUCGAAAAAGCAUUGAAAGCCGAUUCGGAGAUAUUGUCGAGGUCUAUCAGAAUGGCAAUAUGUCGGUGACGAUCGACGAGGGGACGCUGGUAAGUUGUGCCAACUUCUCAAAGAGAGUCAGCUCCCUUUGUCUACAAUACGGCUUAACGGAAGACCAAUGGUCAAGGGGAUUUCUCCGGUAUAACUAUCCGGACAAAUGGGUUGUAGAGGAGAGCGUCCAUGAGAUGAGCUUGACGUGCGAUCAGGUGUUCAGGACUAAAUUGUAUCUGACAGUGUACGAAGAGCCGACGGAGAUGUUCAUCAAGUGCCAAAAGUCCAUGUCAAUUGAGCCAGAAGUUCGUGAUGUCUUUGAGAAAAAAUAUGCUCAAGAACUGCAGAAGUUGAGAGAGCAAAUCAGUCCGGACGAGCCUGGCGUCGACCUGAGAGGCUUCGUCAGCUGCCGGCACCUGCAGCCGGUGUCGAUUGGCGGUGUCGAGAUGUCGGCGUCUCAAAAGGCGACCAACGUCUGUCGCGCAGUGGGCCUCACCUACGAGGAGCUGCAGAACGGAACGACGUGGAGAGCCGAUAUUACGAGAGAUGAGGGGUCAAAGGGUCGUGAACUCGUCAAGCUCUACCUCGACUGCGACAGUGUCUUCGACGAGGGCCUAAGGAGCUUCACGAGCGCCCUCCUCAACGACUACGAAUCCUGCAGGGCUGCCGACAAAGUGUCCCUUCAGGGUAGAAGAGUCCUAUGGAGGAGAUUCUCCCAAAUCUUCGAACUCUUUGCCAGUAAGUUAUUGGCACCUCUCGCCAAGCACUCGGAUCAAUUGGUGCGCUGCACCGACUUCAAGGACGAACUCGUGGAUCUCUGCCGUAGACGGGGCUCGAGCCUGGCCCAGGAGCUCCGUGGUUUCGGGAGCCUCGCCCGAAGCUUCGGCGACAAAUGGCUAAACACCGAGGAGCUCGACAAGCUCUACCUCAGCUGCGAGGAGUUGCUCGACGAGGCGCAUGCGCGAUACGUGCAGCGGCUACCUAUCGAUCAGUACAUGCAGUGCAGGUGGAUCGAGGGACUGUCAGACCCGAGAAAGGCCCUCAUCGACAAGAGCAUCGCCAGGCUUUACGAGCGCAAGCAUGGACAAAACGCGACGAGAUAUAAGGGAGACGCUGAUGUUGAGAUAUCGUCGGUUAUAUUGUUCGAUCAGGCUGAGGAUCGCGCAAGACCUUAGUUUCGUUGCUGGCACUGGGCUAUUAUUAAUAAUAAUGUCGGAGAGGCGAAUUGAGCAUAGUUGACGCCGAGAUAUGCCGCUCUAGUGGUGGAAUUAUGUACACGAUCGUUCGAUCAAUAAAGCCAAUAUGGCCAAUACAGAUUGGAAAAUUCAACGUCCGAUUAUCGUAGACGACUUUUUCUCUUUUUUUCUUUUACAAAAUUCAAUAUUACGAAAUAUCUCUUAUUAUAUUUUUUCAUACUUUGGAUUUGUUAAAUGUUGCCGAGUGCUUUGAUAUUCAAACUGUCGAUUACAAACAAUUUGCUUAAAUACGCAUUUAAAAUCACGUGACGAGCCUUGAUUAACGAAAGUUUUUAAACAAUACACAGCACAAAUAGAUAGUAAAUUGCAUGAAAAUGCAAUGAAAAUAUUUUUGAU